CUUCUUCCUUUCUUCUUCCACCGUCUCUCUACUUCGAUUCAUUCGCCUCACUAUUGGACGGAACGGGUUGAGAGGGUAUUAGGUUCCAAUUUUUUUCAGAACGAUGGAAUUUCAGACGCUUCCUCUGUGAUUUUUUAUUGAUUCCGCGAGAAAGAGGUUUCCGGUGACAAUUAGUUAGUACUGGGUCGGAAUCGAGUUCUGAGGGGAAGAGAUGUCGUCGAGGAUAAAGGUGGUGGUGGAUAAGUUCGUGGAAGAGUUGAAGGAGGCGUUGGAAGCGGACAUACAGGAUAGGAUAAUGAAGGAGAGGGAGAUGCAGAGUUAUAUUGAGGAGCGCGAGCGCGAGGUCGCCGAGCGGGAAGCGGCCUGGAAAGCUGAGCUCUCCCGGCGCGAGGCAGAGAUUGCUCGGCAAGAGGCCAGGCUGAAGAUUGAGAAAGAAAACCUUGAGAAAGAAAAAAGUGUCCUAAUGGGAACUGCAUCAAACCAAGAUAACCAAGAUGGAGCUCUUGAAAUCACUGUAAGUGGUGAAAAAUAUCGAUGCCUAAGGUUUGCGAAGGCAAAGAAGUGAGUCCACACAAUUGAAAAUGAUGAAAUCAAAUGGGAAGAAUUCAAUGGUUCUAUUUAAUAUCUUCAAAAUUACUCUAGCUAUUUUACUACUUUAGAAGCCUCAGUAUUCAUUCUAGACGGAUUCAUUAUGUACAUGCAGUUUUGCUUUUAGAAUGGUACAAAUUUGAUUAAACAUCAAGUGGAAAAGGGAUGCUUAAUGGUUCAUCAGAAUGAAUAAAUGGCUACUACUUUC